CUCUGAGUUUGCGACCUUAGGUCUCACUUUCCGGCCAGUACAGAGAUCCCUGAAGGCUGGUUGGGUUGGUGAGGCCUGAGGAAUAGUUUCUGGGAUUUUUGAGAAGCUCUGCUCAAAACAGAAUGGAUCCAGUAGUCUUGAGUUAUAUGGACAGUCUGCUGCGGCAGUCAGAUGUCUCACUAUUGGACCCUCCAAGCUGGCUCAAUGAUCAUAUUAUUGGGUUUGCCUUCGAAUAUUUUGCCAACAGUCAGUUUCAUGAUUGCUCAGACCAUGUCUGCUUCAUCAGCCCCGAAGUCACCCAGUUCAUUAAGUGCACCAGCAGCCCUGCAGAGAUUGCCAUGUUCCUCGAGCCCCUGAACCUUCCCCACAAGAGAGUUGUAUUUUUAGCCAUCAACGAUAAUUCCAACCAGGCAGCUGGGGGUACCCACUGGAGUUUGUUGGUUUAUCUCCAAGAUGAAGAUAGCUUCUUUCAUUAUGAUUCCCACAGCAGAAGCAACUCAAUCCAUGCAAAACAGGUGGCAGAGAAACUGAAGGCUUUCUUAGGGAGCAGAGGAGACAAACUGGUCUUUGUGGAAAAGAAAGCCCCAGCUCAACAAAACAGCUAUGACUGUGGGAUGUACGUGAUAUGCAACACCGAGGCCUUGUGUCAGAACUUCUUUAGACGACAGCCAGAAUCCCCACUGCAGCUACUCACCCCGACAUACAUCACAAAGAAGAGGGGAGAAUGGAAAGAUCUAAUCACCAGACUUGCUAAAAAAAAGAAGUAGCUACUGAAGAAUGCUAUGAAGUCUCCUCUUUCUGCCCUUCCCUAUGGUGACAGCCUCAGUGCCUGCGGGAAAACCACUAGUAGAUGAAACUUCACUAUUCCUACUUUUGUUUUCUUGAAAAAAACGUCAGCCUAUGCAUUAUCUGAAUGGGAAGUUUCACUUUAACCCCGAAAAGAACAGUCCAUUCUGUGAAAAUGUCUUGAACUUAAUGUACCAAAACCUUAAAAAAAUAAAAACACUCAUUACACAGUUUCA